CGAUUUUAACGUCAGCUAUAAAUACCAUAACAGCUUCACAAAGUUUCUAUACUCAAAACAAAAUCAUGGAAAAUAUGAUGAAGAAAUAUCUAUCUCUUCAUCUCUUUUCUCUCCUUCUCAUUCUACUCCCUCUCUUAUCCUCAUGUGAUGAUCAACCGCAGGUGUAUAUAAUAUAUUUUGGUGAACAUAAAAGUGGAGGAAAAACUAUUCAAGAGAUUGAAGAUUCUCAUCAUUCUUAUCUUCUAUCUGUUAAGAGUAAUGAAAAAGAUGCAAGAGAUUCACUUCUUUACAACUACAAAAACAGUAUUAAUGGAUUCGCUGCUUUACUUACAGCCGACGAAGCUUCAAAAUUAUCUGAGAUGGAAGAAGUGGUUUCAGCUUUCCCAAGCAAACAACACACAUGGUCUAUCCAAACAACAAGGUCAUGGGAUUUUAUGGGUCUUGAUGAAAAAGACAGUAACAGUAACAACAACUAUUUCACGCCCAGAAAAAAUAAUGCAUUGUUACGUCAAGCUAAUUACGGCGAAAAUGUUAUCGUUGGCAUGUUGGAUUCAGGAAUAUGGCCAGAGUCUAAGAGUUUCGACGAUGAAGGGAUGGGACCAGUGCCCAAGUCAUGGAAAGGGAUCUGUCAAACUGGAGAUUCCUUUACCUCCUCCGACUGUAACAGGAAAAUAAUUGGUGCAAGGUAUUACCUGAAAGCUUAUGAAGCUUCCAAUGGCCGCCUUAACACCACGGCCGAAUACCGUUCUCCACGUGAUCACGAUGGGCAUGGGACCCACACGUCGUCGACCGUUGCAGGUCGGACUGUUGCUAAUGUAUCAGCUAUUGGUGGGUUUGCACGAGGAACAGCUUCUGGUGGGGCGCCGCUUGCACGUCUGGCAAUUUACAAAGUGUGUUGGCCGGUUCCAAAUCAACCCAAAGCAAACGGUAAUACUUGUUCGGAAGCUGACAUGCUUGCUGCAAUAGACGAUGCUAUUGGAGAUGGGGUAGACGUCCUUAGCAUCUCAAUUGGAACAACAGAUCCUGUAGCCUACUCAGAGGAUGGGAUUGCUAUUGGGGCAUUACAUGCCAUUAAGCAUAAAAUUGUUGUUGCAUGUAGUGCUGGAAACUCAGGUCCUGGACCUGCUACAGCUUCUAAUCUGGCACCAUGGAUGAUCACAGUGGCUGCUAGUAGCAUAGACAGGUUCUUUAGUGCACCUAUCGUUUUGGGGAAUGGCAAUACAAUUGCGGGUCAAACUGUAACUCCUUACAAGCUAAAAAAUAAACAAUUUCCACUUGUUUAUGCUGGAGAUGUAGGUCAAGCAGGUGUUCCAAAGGAUGCUGUAGCCGGACAAUGCUUACCCAAUUCGUUAUCACCAAAGAAGGCAAAAGGGAAAAUAGUAUUGUGUUUCCGAGGAAAUGGGACGAGAGUCGGGAAAGGACUGGAGGUGAAAAGGGCCGGCGGCAAAGCUAUUAUCUUAGCAAAUAGUUUGGCGAAUGGAGCUGAGAUAUCGGUAGAUGCUUAUGUCCUUCCAGGAACUGCUGUUAAAGCCGAUGAUGGAACUAGAGUUUUCAAUUACAUAAAGUCGACUAAGAAACCCACUGCAUACAUCAACACUCCUAAAACUGUGUUGAACACUAAACCAGCACCCUACAUGGCUUCCUUCUCAUCAAGAGGUCCAAAUGGUCUUGAACUCAAUCUUCUCAAGCCUGACAUUACUGCACCAGGGUUGAAUAUUCUGGCAGCUUGGAGUGGAGCAUCAUCACCAACAAAGCUCGAGUCUGAUAAGAGAAGAGUGAAAUACAACCUUCUUUCUGGUACUUCCAUGUCAUGCCCUCAUGUUUCAGCUGCAGCUGCUCUUCUUAAAGCCAUCCAUCCAACUUGGAGUAGUGCUGCCAUUAGAUCAGCUCUAAUGACAACAGCUGGACUAAAAAACAACGCUGGUAAGCAACUGACUGAUGCAUCUGGCAAUUCGGUAACACCAUUCAGCUACGGAUCAGGCCACCUUCUACCUACCAAAGCAUCAGAUCCGGGGCUAAUCUAUGAUGCAUCCUACACCGAUUACCUCAUAUUUUUAUGCAGCAGCGUUGGCAGUAGUGAAGUUAAAAAGGUUGAUCCAAAAUUCAGAUGCCCCAAGAAAACAUACUCCCCAAGCAAUCACAACUAUCCAUCACUUGCGAUCUCUGAACUCAACGGCACAAUGACUGUGAUACGUACAGUUACCAACGUCGGUAGUGGUAAGAGUUCGUACGUCUCUGCUUACAAAGCUCCCGAAGGGUUUUAUGUUAAAAUUUCCCCAAAAAGGCUAGCCUUUAGGCAUGUUGGUGAGAAGAAGAGCUUCACAAUAACAGUCAAACAACGGAAAGGAAAGAAGAAGCCAAAGUCAGGGAAGUAUUAUUUUGGAUGGUACAGAUGGACUGAUGGGGUUCAUGUUGUAAGGAGUCCAUUAGUAGUAUCUCCAGCGUAGUGUUUCUUUUGUUUUGCAGUUCAUUGUUAGGAAAGUUGGUCUGGUUCAGGUCGAGCCUCGGUCGACCAGAGGACCUUCCCGAUUCGAAUAACACUGAUAAAAAUGUAGUUUGGAGAUCAAUGGUUAAGGAUCAAAUAGGAGAUCCAAGAAAAUACAUUGUCAUCAACUAAUUUAUAUCAAUAAUAUAUAACUAAAUUACUGAGUGAAAAA